GGGGCGCUCGGGCUGAUGGCGGCGGCGGCCGGGCCCGGGGCGGCGCUGUCCCCGCGGCCGUGCGACAGCGACCCGGCCAGCCCCGGAGCGCGGUCGCCGAAGGAUGACAAUGAAGAUAAUUCAAAUGAUGGCACUCAACCACCCAAAAGGAGGCGAAUGGGCUCAGGAGAUAGCUCCAGAAGUUGUGAAACUUCAAGUCAAGAUCUUGGCUUCAGUUACUAUCCAGCAGAAAACCUGAUAGAGUACAAGUGGCCGCCUGAUGAAGCCGGAGAGUACUAUAUGCUUCAGGAGCAAGUCAGUGAAUAUUUGGGUGUGACCUCCUUUAAACGGAAAUAUCCAGAUUUAGAGAGACGAGAUUUGUCUCAUAAGGAGAAACUGUACCUGAGAGAGUUAAACGUCAUCACAGAAACUCAAUGCACUCUAGGUUUAACAGCAUUGCGCAGUGAUGAAGUGAUUGAUUUGAUGAUAAAAGAAUAUCCAGCCAAACAUGCUGAGUAUUCUGUUAUUCUACAAGAAAAAGAGCGCCAGCGAAUUACAGACCAUUACAAAGAAUAUUCUCAAAUGCAGCAACAGAAUACUCAGAAAGUCGAAGCCAGCAAAGUGCCCGAGUACAUCAAGAAAGCUGCCAAGAAGGCCGCUGAGUUCAACAGCAACUUGAACCGGGAGCGCAUGGAGGAGAGAAGAGCUUACUUUGACUUACAGACACACGUCAUCCAGGUGCCUCAAGGGAAGUACAAAGUGUUGCCUACUGAGCGAACAAAGGUCAGUUCUUACCCAGUGGCUCUCAUCCCCGGACAGUUCCAGGAAUAUUACAAGAGGUACUCACCAGAUGAACUGCGGUAUUUGCCGUUGAAUACGGCCCUGUACGAGCCCCCUCUGGAUCCUGAGCUGCCUGCCCUGGACAGUGAGGGUGACUCAGAUGAAGCUGAGGACGGCCCAGGGGAUGAGAAGCGGAAAAGCAAAGGCGCCUCGGACAGCUCCUCUGGCAAUGUAUCUGAAGGGGAAAGCCCUCCUGACAGCCAGGAGGAUUCUCUCCAGGGACGACAGAAGCCCAAAGACAAAGCUGCCACUCCAAGAAAAGAUGGUUCCAAACGUUCUGUACUGUCCAAAUCAGUUCCUGGGUACAAGCCAAAGGCCAUUCCAAAUGCUCUAUGUGGGAUCUGUCUGAAGGGUAAGGAGUGCAACAAGGAAGGAAAGGCUGAGUCCCUCAUACACUGCUCCCAGUGUGAUAACAGUGGCCAUCCUUCUUGCCUGGAUAUGAGCAUGGAGCUUGUUUCUAUGAUUAAGACCUACCCAUGGCAGUGUAUGGAAUGUAAGACAUGCAUUGUAUGUGGACAGCCCCACCACGAAGAAGAAAUGAUGUUCUGUGACGUGUGUGACAGAGGUUAUCAUACUUUUUGUGUGGGCCUUGGUGCUAUUCCAACAGGUCGCUGGAUUUGUGACUGUUGUCAGCGAGCCCCCCCAACACCCAGGAAAGUGGGCAGAAGGGGUAAAAACAGCAAAGAGGGAUAA